AUGGAAGAUGAAGUUCGUGAGGCGACUGUUGCUGAAUUAAUUGACCAAGACUUGCAUGCAUGGAGGGCUGAUUUUAUCAUGGAUAUGUUUGAAAAAGAAGAUGCAGAAGCUAUUUGUAGAAUACAGCUCAGCCGAAGACAUGUGGAGGACUGUAUGAUUUGGAUGCACCAAAGAAAGGGGAUUUUUACUGUUAAAUCCGCUUACAAGGUGGCUAGGAAAGUGUUGAGCGAAGGAAGGGUAGCUGAGAGUUCUCGGGGUUGUGCUGGAAAGGAGGUUUGGCCUGCAAUUUGGAAGCUUAGAAUUCCCAACAAAAUAAAGGUGUUUGGGUGGAGAGCUUGUAAUGAAAUCUUACCAACAAAAUUGAAUCUGUCUAAGAGAAAGAUUAUUGUAGAUGCGAUGUGCCCAAUUUGUUUGAGGUUUCCGGAAUCAGUUGUCCAUGCGCUUUGGGAAUGUGGUGCGGCUAGAGAUGUGUGGGUGGGUAGCUUAAAAAUUCUGCAGAAAGGUGGGUCACGUAUGGUGGAUAUGCUUCAAUUAAUGGAAUACUUAAUGGAGCAGGUAAAGUCUCAUGAUAUGGAGGUUAUGCUAGUUCAAGCAUGGCUGAUUUGGAAUCAAAGAAAUCGGGUUGUGCAUGGGGGUAAGUUUCAUAAUCUAGGCUGGUUGAAUAAUCGAGCAACAGAGUUUCUGGAGGAGUUUCAGACUACUACUAUACUAAUGGGACCAUCACAUGGAGGGCAAGCUUCUCGGGACACCUGGCAGCCCCCUUCUCCUUCAAUCUUCAAGCUUAACUUUGAUGCAGCUCUGUUUUCGGCUCUUAACAGUUCAGGUUUUGGUGCAGUUAUUCGGAAUGAAAAAGGUGAGGCUAUGGCAGCCAUGGCAACAAAGGGUCCUGAGGUAUCUUCUAGUGAGGAGGCUAAGUUUCUUGCAUGUCGGAAAGCUAUUGAAUUUGCCGCUGAUGCUGGCUUUUUUGAACUUGUCAUUGAAGGGGAUUCUUCUGUCAUGAAAGUUGUUUCGGCUUUGCAGGAUGAUUUUUCUUUGCUUGGGAAUGUUGUAGGGGAUAUUCAUCAUUUGGUUAGGAAAUUACAAUGGGUUAGGAUUGAAUGUACUAGGCGUGGGGGGAAUAGCUAG